GCGGCGGCGGCGGAGGCACCGGCGGGAGGCGGCGCCGCACGGCUGGGGCGUCCGCAGCGCUUUGAGGGCAGGCUCAGCCCCGCCGCCGCCAAACAGGCCUCCGCCGUCCCCCCCCCCCCCCUUCCCCUUCCCCUUUUCCCCUCCCCCGCGGCGCCUCGCAGCGCCGGUUCCGCACCCAGAGAGGCGCCCGGCGUCAGCGGACCUCCAUGUACGACAAUUUGUACCUGCAUGGAUUUGAAGACUCGGAGGCGGGCUCAGCAGAUUCGUACACAAGCAGACCCUCAGACUCUGAUGUCUCUUUGGAAGAAGACAGAGAAGCAAUCCGCCAAGAAAGAGAACAACAAGCAGCUAUACAACUUGAAAGGGCAAAGUCCAAACCAGUAGCAUUUGCUGUUAAGACUAAUGUGAGUUACUGUGGAGCUCUGGAUGAAGAUGUUCCUGUCCCAAGCACUGCCAUCUCUUUUGAUGCCAAGGACUUCCUACACAUUAAAGAGAAAUAUAAUAAUGACUGGUGGAUAGGAAGGCUGGUUAAGGAGGGCUGCGAGAUUGGCUUUAUUCCAAGCCCGCUUAGACUGGAGAAUAUCCGCAUUCAACAGGAGCAGAAGAGAGGACGUUUCCAUGGAGGGAAAUCAAGUGGAAAUUCUUCUUCGAGUCUUGGAGAAAUGGUUUCUGGCACAUUUCGAGCCACACCUACUUCCACGGCAAAACAGAAACAAAAAGUGACAGAACAUGUUCCCCCAUAUGAUGUAGUACCAUCAAUGAGACCUGUUGUCUUGGUGGGUCCGUCACUGAAAGGCUAUGAGGUGACAGACAUGAUGCAGAAAGCUCUCUUUGACUUCCUGAAGCACAGGUUUGAUGGGAGGAUAUCAAUAACUAGAGUGACAGCUGACAUUUCUCUUGCUAAGAGGUCUGUUCUAAAUAAUCCAAGCAAGAGGGCAAUAAUUGAGCGGUCAAAUACAAGAUCCAGUUUAGCUGAAGUACAGAGUGAAAUUGAGAGAAUCUUUGAGCUGGCAAGGUCCUUACAACUGGUUGUCCUAGACGCAGACACUAUCAAUCACCCUGCACAACUUAUCAAGACAUCUUUAGCACCUAUUAUUGUCCAUGUUAAAGUGUCUUCGCCAAAGGUUUUGCAGCGACUGAUUAAAUCUAGAGGAAAGUCACAAAGUAAACACUUGAAUGUUCAGUUGGUGGCAGCUGAUAAACUUGCACAAUGCCCACCAGAAAUGUUUGAUGUAAUUUUGGAUGAAAAUCAGCUUGAAGAUGCUUGCGAACACUUGGCAGAAUAUCUCGAGGCAUACUGGCGUGCUACUCACACCACCAGUAGCACACCCAUGACUCCUCUCCUUGGGCGAAAUUUAGGAUCCACUGCACUUUCACCAUAUCCUGCUGCAAUCUCUGGCUUACAGAGCCAGCGUAUGAGGCACAGCAGCCAUUCUACAGAGAACUCUCCAAUUGAGCGACGAAGUCUAAUGACCUCAGAUGAAAAUUAUCACAAUGAAAGGGCUCGGAAGAGCAGGAACCGCUUGUCUUCCAGUUCCCAACACAGCCGAGAUCACUAUCCUCUAGUGGAAGAAGAAUACUCUGACUCAUACCAGGACACUUACAAACCCCAUAGGAACCGAGGAUCCCCUGGAGGAUAUAGCCAUGAUUCACGACACAGGCUUUGAGUUCAAGAACCUGGGGAAAAAUAGUCAUUCAUCAGUUGAUAACUUGCCAUAACGUAGCUAGGGGAAAAAAAAAAAAAAAAAAAAAAAAAUCAUCUUAAUUUGGCAGAUGUAACACGGUUAUACUGAAGUUGCACUCUGCUGCCAUUUGAUGUUAAGUCGGGGGCAAAAAAAAGUUACCAUGCCCUUACGUUUAUGCCCAAUCAUACAGGUUGUUAUUUGGAUUUUUUUAUUUAUCUUUUCUUUUUAGUACAGCAUUUGCAUUUAUAGCCAUACCUUUUUUGUCGUUAGAUAUUAGACACAUCCGUUUGUAAUUUAGGAUACUUAUCAAGGCACUUAUAAAAUAAUUUCCUGUGCUGGAAAUUCCAAAUGACCAGUUCCAGUUGGAACCAAUUUAUAAACCAAUUCCUGUUGGAAUUUGGGUGAAUUGACUGGAAAGUCGACUUGAGCAUGUUGCAAUCAAUUGAAAAAAAAAAAAAAGACAAAUGAAAAAUCUGAAAAUUACAAACCACUAAAAGCCAGAAAGUCAGCUGCAGCAUUUGUUUGCUGGAAACUCAAUUUACAUUUAAAGUUAGAAUAAAAGGAUUUAUUCUAACUACUUAUUUCCAGAAUGGCUUUUUCUGACAAACCAAAUGUAAACUAUUGAGAGUGCCAAAUAUCACAAAUUAUUGCAGCAGUUACAAAAUACUUUCCAGUUUGAAAUUAUUUUUAGACCUGGCAUGAAUGUUGCAGCAAAGUUAUUUCUUUAGUUUAGCCAGUACUGACAUUUUUAUUGCGGUCAGCAGUGAUGAACUGUGACCGGAUAAGGGGAAAUAGAGACAGGAAAAUGAGCAAACUUAAGAAUAGUCUGUAUGGCUAGAUGGUGAGGAUAGACAUUUUUUUUUUUUUUCCUCUUGUUUACCUGAAUACAGCUAGUAGUCCCAAAAUGGAACAUUAGUAUAUAGAUACAUAAUAUUUUUUUCUCCCAUUUGUAGUAUUCUGCCUUUUUAAAUGGAAAACAAUACACUCUUCUUACCUAGUGUGUAGGGUACCUACAUUCCAGUACAUCUGAGUACCUACCUAUCUGUUACAUCUUUCAAAAUCCAUAUUUGAAUGUCUGAAAAUUCCAGCAUCGCACAAGAACUCUCCAGAAGAUGAGUUUAAAUUUCAGUAAUUAAAUCUGAGGGAAGUGGGGCUAAAUAUUCCUAAAUGAUGAACAUUUAAAAUAACAUGCAGGUCAGAAUUAGCUUGCAAGAAAAAUGGAGUAUUGGAAAAAAAUCUGCUCACAGUGAAGUCACAGAGCUGACAUUUUUGAUUCAAAGAACUAUGAUCAAUCUUUGGAGAUACUGCUGCCUUACUUCCUAACAAUCACUUCUUUUCACCUACUGAGUCUUCAGUUCCUUUAACUAGGUAAAUUUAUGUGAUUGGACCUGAUGUCUUACAUGAUCAGUGAAGCCUUAGAUCCCAUGUGAUUGAAAAAUUUACCGUGAUUGACCGUUUUGUACAGCCCACUAAUGUCUUUAAGCAGAGACUCCUGAAAUUCCCCACUGCAUGCAUUUUCUAAAAUUGACAGAACUAUGCUGAACUUGCAUUUUUUGAAUGCAGGGUCACGUCAAAACUAUUUUUUCAAAAACGAGGAUCAUUAACUUUUGUAAUUGCUUAUUUCCUUCCCAAAGCCUGCUAAAAGUAGGCUUUAAAAGCAUGUAGCACUAAAUGAAUUUCCUGAAUAUUGCGGUUUCUUCUUCUUUCUGGACCGGUUAGCAAAGAUCACUGGUAUUUUCCACCACCGUUGAGUCUGAUUAUCUUCUUGAUGUUAACAACGAGAAAAGUAAUUCAUCUCAUAUCUGGUACAACCAAAAAUGAUGUACAUCUCUCGCAGCAUUAAAAGAUUGCGGAUGCAUGAUUAAUAUUUUAAACAACUUCACUGCCUAAAAGGCAGCCUUCAGCACCACUAGACGAUUUGAAUGGGCCAGUCACCAAGAAAAAAAUGAACAUACCUGCAUCCAUUGGAGUAACAGAGUUAAGAAUGGAUAUGACAGGCCUGAUCCUGUUUGAUUUUCUCAGGCUGAAUGCCUGCAGAUUCCAAAAAGAGCAUUCAGGCUGAGGAAGCACGGCAAGAUCUGGUCUGGGAAUGGUAGCUUCAGCUGCCUCCUCUAGUAUUUUCUGCUACAGCACAGUGGAGCAUUCUCCAGUAAUUUUUACAAAUCUUUGUUACGUGUACAGCACACAUACCUGCAUGAGAAAGAAGGCAUUAGGCAAAACAUUUUUUCUAUAAGCUUUAAUGAGUUUCUUGUUUGUGUGCAUUAAAGUAUUAAUUGCAAAGGAUGCACUGAGAUGUAUAAACCUAGAGUAGACAGCUGUUUAUCUUUAUUCUGUAGUAGCAUUAGGGAUCAGAUCAUUUAACUGCUUGAAGAUAUUUGCAUUUUAAUGGCAGGUAGCCGCGAAGCACCUACAUAUAUUUUCUAGUAAACAAGGUUACUGCUUUAUCAUUUCCUAGACAAAAAUGCCAUUUAUUUCUAGAGCCUUUUGGAGCCUUGUUUUUAAGUCUUCCAUGUCAUGCUAGUAAAGGGAAAGAUCUACACAACACAUAUGCACAAAUUCCAUCCCUGCAGCAUUUGAAGUGCCAAAACGACUUCGUUUGUUCUAAUAAAAACAAGCUUGUGAGGGGCAUCCUGUAUUGUCUUGAAAGAACCCAUCGAGUUCCUUUAUUAUGUGGGUUUAAGUUUACUCUUGUCUGUAAUUAGUUUACCCUCUCCUCUCCCACUGCCCAUUCCAUUUUAAUAUAAGAAACCAAUUAUAAGUGAUCCAGCAGGUCUCCUUGCUUGCUGGUUUUUUAUUCUUUGAAGAUAGAUAGAUCCUUAAGUACAAAUAUUCCGAACGUGCUAAUAGAUUAUUAAUUUAUUCUAGAUACAAGCUAUGGGAACUCUUUAUUUUAAAAAGUAAAUUAUUUUUAGCAAACAUGGUAAUCAGUAAAAGCUGCAAUGUUGAUCAGGACAUGUUAACUCAUAGUAUUUGUAUUAGAACUUCAGCAGUGCUAGCCAGCUGUAUUGUGAUUUAUUAUGCAAUGGCGCUAUAGAAAAUCGUGAAAUUCCUGUAUUCCUGAAUGAAUACGAGUAAGACUAAUUUUCCAGUCCUUGCACCAUUUCUUCUUGUUAUUAAAAUACUAUUAAAGAUCAGAGUUCUGUUCCUAAACUCUGGCGUAUUCAGAGGAUUUUAGAAAUGUUUAUAAAACAUUGAUUUUUUUAAAGGUCUUUUUUGUUGUUGUUGUUAUCUGAGUUUUUCGCUAGGACGCUUUUGGAUUAAUGACAAUUUAGCCAAUAAAGGUGAUAACAACGAUCUCAAUGCCCGAAGACAAUAUAUGUCAGUGCAUUCCUAUGUUUGUGAGCGAAUUAACAAAGUACUUUUAAAAUCUGGACGCCACUUUAAAGACAAUUAACUGUUAAGCUUUUCAUUUCAGAUGCUUUGGCGAGUUGCAUUUAACAGAUGGGCAGGUUCUUCUGCUAGGUCCACAGGUGAACACGCAUCCCAUGGGAUGCGCAGCCCGCGGCCGAUUAUGUUUUCCACCUGAGUAUGUUACGGAGUUGUGCUUAAAGGCAUGCAAGUAAAGCUGGUGUGUAUCGAAUUUUAGCGUGUAAAGAAUGGGCCAAACGAGAUGAUGGUUUUCUGAAGGGGUCGGUCUGGCAAAAACCGGUUCCUCUGCCUGAGAGCUGAUAGCGCAGUACGGCCCGAUGCCUGGACGUUGUCCUGCACCCCGCCGUCCCCCUUGGGGCGGCACCCCGGGGGUUUGUGCUUGGCAAGCGAGAGCGGUUUGGGGAGGGAGGGCCGUCCCUCUGGCGAAUCGCCCCGUCCUUGGGUUAAUUCUGCCGACGGGGGCUCCGCUUCGCAGCGGGCGGGCCGCAAAUAGGGGAAAAAAACAAACAAAAAAAAACAAAACAAAACAAAACAAAAAAAAAAAAACAAAACAAACAAAAAACACAAAAAAACAAAAACAAAACAAAAAAAAAAAACAAACAAAAAAAAAAAAAAACAUUUCGCUGGGGGGUUCGCCAGGUUAGGGAGCUGCUUCUGAUGCUGAGGGUUGGGGGGGGGGGGGUUAAUCUUUUGUGCUCCUUGUUUUUUUAAAACCACGUUUAGAACGGACUGAAGAGAGUGAAAAUUACAAAAAGGAGGAAAGGUGGCUGUAGAGGAACGGUAGUUCCUCUGGAUGCGCGUAGUCCCGUAAUUUCAAGCUCAGUUUGCAAAUCUCCAGAAUUCAGUUCGGUUUUAGUACCGUAGGCUUCUCUGAAAUCUCCUGUCUUUACUGACAUUACCAGUCUCAAAAUAAUAUUGCUAUUACUAUUACAGAUUUGGGUAAGUUAGGGCUUUCAUGUGUCCUCUGCUAUACUUUCUUUUCAAGUUCUGUGCUUCCGAAGCCUGUCCUUGAUUUCAUGGUCUUCAUUUUUUUAAAAGCAAAAAUAAUUGGAGACCACAAAGUUAAAAAAAAAAAAAAAAAUGCAUAUUUUGUAAAAUACCAUUUAGACAAAUCUGGUUUUACUCCUAAAAAUGCGUAUUUUAAAAUUGGGUUGUAUUACCCCACUGGUAUUAGUCCAGGUGGGGAUAUGCAGGGUUCUGCUGUCGUGUUUUGUUGCAGUUACCCCUCAUUCCUUCAAACAGUAGUUCUACAAAGAGUAACACAACUGCAAGAUACUGUAACAUAGCCAAUUUUAACUCUGGGGGAAUUAAGUUUCCAUUAUCCUUAAAAUGAUGCCCAAAAAAGAGUAUAUGAAGAGUCAUCAUUUGGAUAAUCUUUGUUAGAUUGUUAUUCAAGUCCAAUUUGUUUCAUAUAGGAAAAAAAAAGGUAUGUCUUUAAAAAGAAAGGGACAUUUUAAUAAUGUUGUAAAAUACAUGUAAGGAAUUAACUUGGAGAAAGAGCUGAAAAUGCUACUUAGUAUUGAAAUUUGUGUUACGAUCUCUUUCAUUCUUUGUGAAAUCCAUUGAAGAACUCAAGAGAAAUAUUGUAAUUGAACCCAUAUAGAGAAUUUGGGGAGAAGGUAGAGAUCAUUUUAAACUGUUAAUGAGAGUGUGUCGUUCUGUUAAACCGUUAAUGAGAGUGUGUGGUGAAAGUGGGAGUGAUGUUUAGUAGACUUGCCUUUUCCCCUCACGCUUCUUGGCAGUGAGUUUCUAUCUGGACUAGAUCCUACAGACACCUGCUACUGGACACUGGUUAUUACUGUCUUCUCCGAAAGUCGGCAUUCGUGAGAUCUGACCAUUGAUGUCACAUGCUGAUUAUCAUAUGCCUUAUCAAUAUUUCCUGAAAAACAAAAUGUAAUUAAACACCACAGUCCCCUUUGAUAUGAGUUCUACUCUGUAUAAGCGGUAGAAAAUCCGUGAGAAAAUACAUUGUACAGUACAGAAUAAUAUAUUUUGCCAGUGAUGUAAAAACAGAGCAAGGAAAAAGAAGCACAUUUGUAAUAGCACAAAUUUACAAUAAUUCCACUAUUGCAUUUGGUGUUGUAUUUUGGGGGGGGGGAAAAAAAAAAAAAAAAAAGGUCCAUUUUUUGAUCCAGCGUUAGUGGAUUUAUUGCAAUUUUGAUCAGUUUACCUUGCUGAUACUUCAGUUUAUUUCUAAGCCUUGCAUUUUGCAUAUGUGACUGGCUUUUCAAUAACCUGUAUUGCUUCCAUAUUAGUCAACGAAAACAAAACAAACCUUCUAAAAUGAGAAAGUCCACUGCAUUCAUUUCUGCUGAUUUCCUCCUCAAAGCUGGAAUUACAUUAGUAACUUCUCCUUUUGGCCAAUGUAGAGAUUUUGGCAUAUGACUGAUGGCUAUACCACAAAUUCACCAGUAGCCCAAGGUCGGGAAUGGAAUUCUCCCAGUAAGUGCGUUCUUGGGGCUACAGAACUCCCCGCUUUCCCGUGUGGGGCCGGGGAGGUGGGGAGAGAAGAACCUGACACCGUCAGAGCUGUGGGUGAGCCCGCCCAAAACUUCCACUGAUACUGCUGGGAAUUUACAACGUAAAGAAAAGUAAGCUUAAGGGAUGCACGCUUGGGCCCAAGGUGUAUUUACGUUUGAAACGCGCCCGAUUCUCUUCUCUGCAGAGAGAGAAGUCGGUGACGGGUUGUACAAGAACAGAACAGGAAGAGAUUCAAGCAAAAUGCACAUUUGAGAUACAUGGGAGAAAUAGAGGGGUGAAGAAAGAAGGUGAAAAGAGUCAUUCAAACUGCAAACUACGGACCUUGGGCUUCUCGGAUCCCAGAAAAUCUCUGUUUCUCACCCAAACUGGUUCCCACUGAUGGCUUGGCAGUGAUACCUCCAGCCUCACUGGGAGCCAGUUCAGAGUCACACCGGUAAAGACACUACUGCCUUUACUACAAAAAAAGCUACCCACAAAUUUGUCUUUUCUGCUGAUUUGCCCCUUUCUGGUUUUACUUCUAUAGAUACUGUAUGUGUAGCAUUCUACAAGGCAUGCUGGGUAAAAUAUACUAUGCAAAUGUGUACAGUGUUGCAUGCUCUGCUCUCCCUCUGCUUUUAGUGGCUUUCAAA